AUGGGAGAUCAUGGAAAUGAAGAUGGACAGGACUGGACCCGUUCUUUUGCAGGAAUGGCUACCGAGCCUUUCGAGAGGGAGGUUGCGGAACUGCUGAUGAGCCCUUUGGAUUCGGACGAUAUUGAGGUCAAGCCAGACGGAUUGCUCUAUCUGCCAGAAAUCAAAUACCGAAGAAUCUUGAACAAAGCAUUCGGUCCUGGAGGAUGGGGAUUGGCACCGAGAAGCGAGCACUCUAUUUCACCCAAGACUAUUUCGCGUGAAUAUGCGCUGAUCUGCAGGGGUCGAUUUGUCAGUACGGCUCGUGGAGAACAGGAUUACUUUGACCCCAACAACCUUGCCACAGCAACAGAGGGCUGCAAAUCCAACGCAUUAAUGCGAUGCUGCAAGGACCUCGGCAUUGCUUCGGAGCUCUGGGAUCCAUCGUUCAUCCGCAAGUUCAAGAAGCAACACUGCGAGGAAGUAUUUGUUGAGAACGUUGUGACGAAGAAGAAGAAGAAGUUGUGGAGACGCAAGGAUGGGGCCGACUUUGGUAAGGCUUGUUGA